AUGGCCGCAUCAAAACCUAGCAUCCGCGCUCUCUGCGCUCUUGCUGCGGGUCCCCGCCUUCUCGGACCCCGACUAACUGUCCGACAUUUGUCCAUGACUGGCCCGACAUCGUCCUCGUCUCUCCUAACCACCGACAAGCCCUACGUGUCAAAUCGCCCUCGCGGUCCCAUCCGCCUCUCCGGCGAGCACGCCACCCCCGUGGCGGAGCUGGCCGAGACUGGCAAUGUCCGCCGUUUCAACACGUCGAGGAGUAGCAAGUUUGUCGGUGACUCGAGCACCCUGGACUUUGCCUACCUCCCCGACUUUGACCCUCACACCCGAAGCGCCCCUCUCGGCAUGCGUGUCCCCAUCUUGCCGUGGGCUGACGUCCAAGGCCACUCUGACAGCGAGGGUGUGGUCCCCAUGAUGCCAACAAUCUACACCGUCUCGGCUGAGGGGUCACAUAUCCACUCACCCUCGGCCGUGUCAGAGACUAUCGACAGCACCCCCUUCACCUAUCAGGGCCUUGCCAACAAGCCCACUGCCCCUCGACAGGGGGGCGAGAGCAUGGCCCGCCAGAUUUGGAAUGAUUUCAUGGAAGAUGUCAUGGGUCCUAAGCGUGGUUCCAAGCAUUAG